AUGGCCGAUUGUAUUCUCUGCUCGAUAUUUUCGCUGUUCUACUAUUUGGGAAUCGGAGUGGUCCUAUUCAAUGUUGUCAGAUAUUUCAUCGAAAAAAUUCCGCAUAGUCGGCCGAUUGUCGAAAAAGCGGUUCUGAUAACCGGUUGCGAUACCGGAUUUGGGAAUGAGUUGGCGAAGAAAUGCGCAAGGAAUGGGUUCACCGUGUUCGCCGGAUGUCUUACGCAAAAAGGCGCCGAGAAAUUGAAGGCGGAAGUCGGCGAGAGCAAUCUUCAUGUGGUGGAUCUUGAUGUUUCCAGCGAUGAGUCGGUUGCUCGAGCUCAUGAAUAUGUCAAAAAGAAUCUUGGCUCAAAAGUGCUUUGGGGAAUCGUGAACAACGCCGGAAUUUUCUCAUGCUACGGUCCCGACGAUUGGUGCACACUGGACGACUACAAAAAAUCGGUUGAAGUCAAUACGUAUGGUGUGAUUCGAGUGACGCAGGCGUUCAAGAAGCUCGUCAAACAGGCGAAAGGGCGAAUCGUCACGGUGACGUCGGUGAAUGGACGGCUUUCGACGCCAGCUGCCGGCCCGUACGUCGUCGCCAAAUUCGCCGCCGAGGCUUACAUGGACUGCAUCCGACAAGAGCUCCAUCAUUUUGAUGUCAAGUGCUCGAUUUUGGAGCCGGGAAUCUUCCGAACGCCGCUUCUCGACGAGCAAGCGAUGGCUCAACGCGUCGAACACGUCUGGUCGAAAUUGGACGAUGAAACCAAGAAGGAGUAUGGGGAGAACUUCAAGAAUUACUUCACGAAUCACUGGAAUGAGAUCUACAUCAAAAUGAGCACCACCAAGAUACACUAUGUCGUCGAUAAUUACUAUCAUGCAUUGACGGCUCAGUUCCCAAGACACAGAUAUUAUUGCGGAUGGGACGCCAUCCUUCUCUAUAUUCCGCUUUCCCUUCUGCCCACCUACUUUGUCGAUUUUGUUCUUCGCAACAUUGCCAAUCAGGAGGUGGUGCCAAGUUGUCUUGAAGCGAAACUAAACAAAAAGAAGGUCGCCUAA